AUGACGAGAACCAACCAAUCAACUAUAGAGGGCGGAUCUUACGAGUUCAUUGUUGGUGAGGCUGACGACGUGGUGAUGGUCUGGCUCGGGGAUAAGGCCAAGUCAGGCUUCAACGCGAAUAAUGCCGAUAUCACAGUUCAGAAGGGCUUUCGCUCAUAUCCCUACAGCGAGUUCAUCUACUUUGAAACCGUGGAGGAGUACAUCCCCUUCCGUAUCUUCUGGUCCAAUGGCAGGGGUGGCGGAGCUUUUAGCUCUGGGGUCUACCCAGAUUACACUCUAGGGCUGGACCUCCCCGAAGGUACUGUGAUCGAGGACCCCAAGCUGUAUGCAAGCUGCUCUGGGGAUGCAAGCCCUGCCCCGGCGUGGCCUGCUUGGCAAGAUGAGGUCUGGGGCUAG